CUUCUGAAUUCUCUCACUCUGUUCAGCACUUCAGAGCUUGACUGUCUUGUUUCACUCAUCAGACUUGUGAGAAAAAGCAAUCAAAUUAAAUACUUCAAAAUCCUCAACACCAGCACCAAAUCUGGUCUGGGUUCAUGGUGCCUGGAUUAAAUCUCUGGAGGACAGGUCUGAUCUGCUCCUCUUCUUAGAAAUGAAGCAGUUUUGAGAGAGCAGAAGGAGUUUGGUGCGCUGGAUGUCUCUGUUCACUGUCGUCUCUCCUCAGCAUGGCAGCAGCUCUGCCUCUGUACUACCAUGGAGCCAUCAGCAAGAAGGAGUGUGAGGAUCUGCUGGGGAAGAAAAACAAGGAUGGAGCCUACCUGAUCCGAGACAGCGAGACCAUCCAGGGGGCCAUGUGUCUGUGUGUUUAGUGAGUACUCACUUCUGAAUCUGAACUCUAAACCCUCUUUGUCUGCUGAUUCUCACUGCCACCUUGGUUUUUAAAUACUUCACAUUUCGGCCAUAUUCAGUUUUUGUUAAUACACAUUUGUCUGUAUACUUAUUUCAAUCUGAAGAUAAGAUAAAACUGACUUUAUUGUCCCGUACGUGGAAAAGUUGUUUCUGGUUAUUCACUUAUCCUGCAACAUGAAGCAAUAAAACAAGCAUUAAAAUGACCCUGAUGGUGAGUUAUACAUGACGACUAAAUCAUCUUAGAAUACACACAUGUAUCCGUGUACAAAUGAAUGUCAACAUUGAUAAAGAUCAGUGACUAAAAGAUGAAAUUUAACUCUUUAUUUUUUGUAUCAUAUUUAAUACAUACUUUUAUGAUACUUCUAUCAAUCAAUAUGAUCAAAAAAUUAUUAAAAAAACACCUUAACACAGUCCGAUAAAUGAUAAAAAUUUCCUCUUGUGGUUUGUAAGUUUCCAAAAAAAUCUGAUGUAUUAAACAAGAUAAAUUAAUAAAUUUGUAAAAUUUUAAGGACAUUUUGAUUUUUUUGGUUUUCAGCAAUACGUGAAAAAAACAUUUCAGCUCCAAAAAAAUUAGAAUUUUCUGGCCAUAAUUUGUGGUUUCAGGCAUUAAAGGGAUAAACAAUAAUAAUUUCUUAUGAUAGCCGUGCAAAAACGCAGAACAACUUCAACCCUUCAGUUUUUACACUCAUACUCUUCUUACACGUAUAUUCACAACAGUACAGCUCUGCUUUUACACCGAACAUACAGAAUAUAACAUAUAAAAAUACCUAAUGUAUAAUUUCAGAUUUACUACUCUUAGUGUCACAUAUUUUCCAAUAUUUGCUUGUAUUUGUAUGCCUGUUGCUAUCAGUAUUGGUGAUAGUGAUGGUGUGAAUAUUAUAUGUACUCUUAAUGGUGGACCAGAAUAAGAACAAAAUUUAUUUACAAGCGGCGCUCUGUCACCGGUGAAAAAUUCAGACGCCUCGGCUUAAAAAAAACAAAAACCCUGAAGGAGUUCAAAUCUGUUAUAACAGCCCACUAAUGCUGAUUAUCUGGAUACAACUAAUUUACUGGUUAUUUUAUUGAUUAAAGAAUGAUUUAAUCAAACUGUGGAGAUAAUUGUCUCUCAGAUUUUAGCGUUUCCUUUUCUUUUCUCGUCAGCCUACCAUCAGGUUGAAAUUGGCAUCAAACAGUUAAUUCGAAACAUUCACGUUUGUCUUUUGGCACCUUGAACUGAUGCGUGAAAUUACAGCGACACCUGAUUAAGGUCUUCAAACCUGCCACUUUGAAGGUGUUUUGACCUUUUCCAACCACUCCUAGAACAUCACCAAAGCCCAUACUGUGUCCGUUUUCUUCAAUUUGGCUGAUGUCUCUUUUGUUCUUACUUGACCUCGCUGCUUUUGUUUUUCUUUUUCAAGAAAUUGAUCAUGUGACCAAAUAUUUCGGAGAUGGGCAUCAAAUCAUGAAGUCUGUGAAGGUUAGAAGCACACGGGUGAAGGGGUUAGACGUUUAUUUACAAAAAAAAAAACAUUUUUCACUCUUGAAAGUGAAUUUAGUCUGUCAUAAGUUUUAUUAGAAUUGUGUUCAGACCAAAAAAGAUCAUUUUAAAUUUGAUUUACACAUCGAUUUUGGUAUCUAUGAGCUACAACAUGAGGUCAAAACCUAGCAUAGAAGUCCACCAUUUUAGCUUAGAGGGCUAAUAAAGUCAUAAUAGUAGUUCUGGGGUAAGUUGACCAUAGGAGACCACUUUUUUGACAUGCUAUAUUAUAAAACCUUUUCAGCCCCAACAAUGAUUUCAAGCAUUUUGGCCUUAAAGUAUAACAGUUUUCACCUCAUAUAAAGAGAUAAAAUUUAAUGGCACCAACAGAAGUUUUUGCACAGUCAGAAAUCUGUGAAUAAAUUUUUUCGUGACAGUGGAGUGAAACUAAUAACUCAUGUGAAAUAUUGGAGGUACGGUGAUAUUUACUGGGUAAAAAUAGGUAUCUUGAAUAAACACUGAACAGUGUCAGUGUGGUAAACAGCAGCGUGUCUCUGUACAUGAGGACUUUACUGACUCGUCUCUCAUUAACGGAUGCUGUGGCUAAUGAGGUGUCACUGAGGUUAGUAGUUAUUGCCUCUACCUGUCAUUCAUUUUCCAUUUCAUUUGACAGUAUUUGUGCAUGAGACCGAUUAGGUGAUAGUCGUGCAGCAAAGACCACAAAGUUUGUCAUAUUUCAAAUGUUGCUGCAGAAGCAGACCAGACUCUGAACCGUCCACAGCGAACGACAGCAGCUGAAAUCUUUCUUGGUGUUGUUAGGAUGGUUAAAAUAAUCAAGAUAUCAUCAUUAAAGUGUGUUUUUUCUGUCUUUGCAGUAAACAGAGGGUGGUGUACACCUACAGACUACUGCAGGCACACAAUGGACACUACACUCUCAUGGUAAAAACACACGCUUUCACCAUUUAAGUCUGUUGCAUGCAUGCAUGAGUUGGUAAGCUGUUUCUGAAACGCCAUCCUACCUUUUCUUUUAUGACUUUAUCUCAAAACAUGAGAGGCCAAAGCUGCUCCCGAGAUAAACUGUGCAAAAUGUGUGUGAAUAUGAUGCUUAAAUUACAGAGUCACGAGUAGACUGCAUGACCACAGAGGAAACCUGCACAAAUGAAACGAUUGCAAAAUAAAACUGUUUGAAUGUAGCUGAAUAAAAGAGAGGUUGUAAAGUUGUAGAUAUCAAAAACAGAGACAAGUUUCACACAAAUUUGGCCUAAAAAGACUUUAAUUGAAUCUUACCUGUAAUACGAUUUUAACUGUAUAACAUAAACCAGCUCCAGCCGAUACCUGUGUCCUCAGUUUGUUGACAGGUUUGUACACAAAAAACACCGAAAACCAUGCUGAGAAAAGUCACUCCCACACUGAUUCACUCUUCAAUUUACUGACGUGAGACAAAAAAGUACAAGUACAUGACUGUGCAUGACACAUAACUGGUAGCUAAAACACCUACACAGUUUCACAGUCUGAAUUUAGCAUCUUUUAUCAUUCAUAUCAAACAAAUUAUGCACCUACAUCAGUACAAAAAAAAGCUGCAAACUGUCUUUCAAAAAAAAACAACCUCUUUGUUCACAUACUGAGAACUGUUUUUUGUUCAGUCUGAACACAAGUCAUCCUUUAAAUCCUUCAGUUUGAUGAACACAGAGACCUGAUCCCUGUAUUGAUCAGCUUUCCACCCAUUACACUCUGGUGCGCAAGAGUCAGCAUGGACACCCUGACUGGUCUACACAUCAAACUGUGUGAUGCUCAGUUUGUGUGUUUUGCUCUUCUGCAUCAUCAGACCAUGCAGGGCAGAAGUUUGAAGUGUGGAAAUGCAAACUUAAGAUAAGAUAUAAAUAGAAACAGAUUGUAUCUGUUCACAGUGUCAAACCACCUCUAGAUUAUAUCUGAUGGGAGUACGGGUGUCAUUAGUGUGGAUUUUGCUUCAUCACAACCUGCUGAAACAUGAUUGGUCAGUACUACUCUAUGAGCUAUCUUGAUUGGCAAUCAUGCUCUCAAAAGCUCUAGUUCUCACCAUCAGCCCAAACCACCUUCUGUUCUCUGGCUGAUGUGGGCUCUCCCAGUUGUGUAAUCAAACCCUUGCUGCCAGAAUGAAACCUGGCACUGUCAGUGCAGAUUCUGCUUCAAUGAUACCUGGUGGAUGAACCACCUUGAAAACAGAACUGAGGAGACCGUAGACCGGGCUGUUUUAUCUAGUUUUGAACAUAAUUUCAAUGAAAAGGUGAAACUUCCAAAUUCAUCACACACAAAGUGAAACCUUUCAGGACUUUCUUUGUUUGAAUCUUGAUGAUUUCAGCUUACAGCUCACAGAAAUCAAAAAUCCACCCUUUCAUAUAUAUAUAAUAAUCACCAUAUUAAUCAUUUUGCACUGCAGACACGGUAGUUCUUCUGCCUUAGCGUCUCGGUCUGAUUUCAUUUCCAUGAAGAAAUGAUCAUAAAUGUUCUUCCUUGAGCUGCGUCACCCCGCUGUAGUCGAUGGACUCGUCUGGAGGUCUCUGUACAAACAAGCGGCUGCUGGAAGAGAGUAGGUGAGUUGUGUUAAGUCUCUUUGUUAAAGAAAUAAGUCAAAGUUAAAAAGAUGUUUGGUGGCUAGCACUAUGGCUAGGACCCUAUAUGUCCUGUUGAUGAAGUCAGGUGCCGUUCUGAUCAUUAUCUGUGGCUAUAGAGUGGCGUUUUGGUUGAGUGCGUGGCUCUCUGUAUUGCUAUCUGUGGUCGUUACUAAAGUUGGUAUAACUAGAGAAGCAAGCAGUCGGCAACAUUCAUCUCUCGAUAGGGUGUCUAACUCGUGUGUUUGACCCUAACUUAAUUUUACGCCGGAAUAUCACUUAAAUAAAACCCAGCAGACCAACCACAGCAGAUGACAUGGCGCCCCAAACCAUCACAGACUGUGCGUACUUCAUGCUGGACCUCAAGCACCUGGGAUUCUGGGCCUUUCUGAUCUUCCUACAGACUCAAAGACCUUGAUAUUCAAGACUGACCUUCAUCUGAAAACAGGACUUUGGACUGCUGAGCAACAGUCCAGUUCUUUUUCUUCCGAUAACGUUGUUUUUAGCUCAGGAGGGUCUUGACAGCAGGACUAUGACACUUGUAGUCCAUUUCCUGGACCUGUCUUUGUGUAGAGGCUCUUGAUGCUCUGACUCAAGCCUCAGUCCAGUCCUUGUGGGGGUCCUCCAAGUUCUUGAAUCUGCUCUGUUUGACCAUCCUGUAAAGGCUGAGCUGUUGCUUUUCCUUUCAGUCAACUUUCAUGAAUCUGCUUCCAUACAGACUCUGGGAACAGCCGGGCUUUACAGGAGUGACCCUCUGUGGUUGUGGAGAGGGUCCAUGAUGGUCUUCUGAAUGAUUGUCAGGUCAGCAGUCUUCCCCCGAUUGUAAAACCACAGAUUAGGCCCUGUUGGUACCUCUAAAGGAAGAUUUCACUCCUAAUAAUGGAAACUUGACAUUUCUCAGAUCUCCCCCACAUCAGAGGAAACUCCUCAGCUCUGACGUCAGAGUGGAGACACAAACAGCCUGCGCUCUGAUGUGACAGACUAUUAGGGAGAACUUUUUCCACUUCAGCUCAGAUGCCAACAACUCUGACUGUCAAAAAAAACAUUCAUAUCAGAGUGGGGCAAGUGUGAUUUUGAGGUGGACUUUGUCAUCUGACAUUUUCCAGAAUAUAUCAAUGAGUGUGCCAGUUUUUGUCUUUUGCGUUCUUGUUUCCGACUCUUUCUACCUAAAGAUCUAUUUUUAUCCUCCUACAUGUUGAAGUCUUUCCAUGCCGUCAAUGUUUCCCCUUUUUUGCGUGUUGUUAGACCGACGUGUUUUUGAGGUCAGGUAGCUACCAUGUGAUAACCCUGCCUCUGAGGGUUGUGGUUUUGUUAUUCGAGCUUCUGUUUCUCUGUUUUCAUCUUUUUGUGAGCAGGAUAAAUGAAAAUUUUGUGCAGCUACAACUGCCCCAAUUUUUACAAAACUGUUUCUAAGAUUUGUUUUUAUUAGCAGAACCUUUUUUCCUGUGCAAUCCCACUGUGCAAAUAUAUAUUUUAAUGUGUUUUAAUACACAAUAUAUAUGUCAACAUGAUAUUGGUAUUAGCAGAUCUAUCUUUUUUGUGCGUGUGCAAUGACAGUUGACGCAAUUACGAUGUUUUGAGGAAGUGUGAGAAACAGACAGCAGACACACCACUGAAUGUCUAUUUGUGUAUUAAAACUACAUGUAGCAUUUAUGGUGGAAUCAACUUAAGUUUGUUUUAGCUUCUCUAGUUUUAGACUUUGUGGGUUGUUGUUUUUGUAGUCUCACAGAAAUAGGAAGAGAACUUGUGAUGGUUAAUCGCUCAAAAUAGAAAUCAUCUCUGAUAACAACCGUCCACUUUUGCACCUCCUGUACUCUGUUCUAGUCUCAUCAGCAGGUUUGAUUUCCAUCUGUUUGUAGAGUUGUGAAAACAUCUUGUUUCAUUACCUUCCCUCUGUCUUAGAUUUAAUGAUUUUGUGAUCUAGUCUAGUAAAACAGAAAUCACUCUCCCGCCUUCAACUAGUUCAGAACACAGCAGCUCGGCUUUUAACUGGUUUUAGUCGAAAGCAUCACGUUACUCCAAUUUAAGCCUCCCUUCACUGGCUUCCUGUCAGUUUUAGAAUUGAUUUUAAGAUUUUAUUGAUUACUUUUAAAGCACUCAAGGGACUCAGAUCCUCUGGUGAAGGCCUCCUGGUCAUUCCAAAGUCGAGGCUCAAAACUAAAGGUGAUAGAUCUUUCUCCAGCAGAGCUCCUCGACUUUGGAACAACCUGCCACAGGAGAAGAUAACCAUCAUCACAUCCAUACUUGUUUUUUUUUGUUUGUUUGCACUGAUCUUUUUUUUUUUUCUCUUUUUUAUUUUUCUUAUACUUGUCUUUAAUACUGUUCUUCCCUUGCACUUCUCUUUCUUUUUUCACUGUAGUUCUUUAUCUUAUUUAUUUGUUUUUGUUCCCAGUAUGAAUGGGUAAGUUGUUUGUACCGCUGCUGCUAACAACUUAAUUUCCUCACGGACGGAUGAAUAAAGAAAAAUCUAAUCUAAUAAGGUGUGCAGAGACAGUCGCUUCUUUUAAGUCAAAUUUAAAAACUCACUUUUACAGACUUGCUUUAAUGUGAUGCCGUCUUCUCUUUUAUCUCUUUUAUCUCUAUCUUAUUUCGGCUUUACUGUCUUUUUAGCUUUUGUUAUACUUGUACUCUUUUCUUAAUUAACCUUUUAGGCCUUUUAUUGUUUUAUCUCUUGCUCUAUUUUAUUACUAUUAUUAUCAGUAUUACCUGUUAUUAUUUUAUUAUCAUUGUUGAUAUUGCCUUUUAUAUUUACUAUCCUGUUUCCACUUUUGACCCCCUUUUAAUUGCAUUUUCUUUUUUCUCAACUAUUUUACGUUUUUAUUUUGGUCCUCAUGGUCUUAUUUUAUGUUGCAUGGUUCUUGUAUUGUCUGGGUUCCUUAUGACAUGAAAAUGGACUUAAAAAUUGAGCUUUUUGUUUUUAUCUGUCUUUUUCCAUGUGCUUUAUGACUACAUGUCAAAGCACUUCUGAUUUUAAAAGUGCUAUACAAAUAAAGUUAAAAUAAAUUCUUAUUACUAUUACUAUUAUUAUUAAAAAACUGGCCUAUGCCAAUUAUUUCAAAAGGCUACUCAAUGUCAAACCAAUGAGUAGGUCGGCCUCUACUGGAAUUUACCCAUUGCUCUUACUGUGGCAGUGUAAUACAUAUAGGUGUGUUUGUAUGUGUCUGAAAAGCCAAGGGACGGCAUGUUGUUAUGGAGACGCUAAUGAGUAUUUCGACGAGCUAAGCUUUGCCAGACUAAACAAUGACAUUGUUCUGUAUCGCGAUAAAAUAUAAUCUACAUGCAGGUUUGAAAAGGCUGAAUGAUUUGUCGGCUCUGCAGGUUGUGAGAAAAUGUUAGAAGUGUAAGAGCUCAUGUGUUUUUUAAAAAGCAGUGUAAGAUUUCUACUUUAUAAUAAAUAGCAGUUUGAAAUGUAGUUUUAUGAGUCUGAUCACCAAAAUGAAGUCGAAGCUUUUAAAAUGUAGAACGACCUAGAGAUAAACAACCACACUAUAACAAAGAUGUUUCUUAUUGCAGUUGGAUUAAACUCGAACACUGAGCACAGAGCUGCAAAGCCCAUUUUCUCUGUUUACUUUUUUUUCCCUCUCCUUGUUAACUUUAUGAUGCUGUUGUCCUCUCAGACUUCAGGGGGUACGCAGGAGAUAUUUUUUAAGACUUUGGACGAGCUGAUCCGUCACUAUAAGAGGAGGAACCAGGGCCUAGCAAUACACCUGCGCCAUUCCGUCAAAAGAAAGACGGCAAUGUUAAUCCAGCCUCGACACGCACCUGAGCCGCCUGCGCCUGAAAGACAACUGAGGCUUUUUCCUGAGGAGGACGAGGAACAUGAUUAUGAAAGUAUGUCAGACUCCACACAGUUUCUAUUUGUGUCUCAGGAUCUGUUUUGAUUUAUAUUUUCCUUCCUUUUCCAGAUGCUCCAGCUUCAGAAUACGUAGAAGUCUUACCUGAUAACUUCAGACAGUAAAUCACCAAACACAUGAGAAGACUUCGAGAGGAAUAAAGACUGAACUAUUACCAGGACAUAAUUGUGAAGGAAAAUGGACUGAAAACAAAUUUUGUCUUCUGCUUCUGCUCCUGUAGUUAUAAUAGUUUCUUUGUUACAUGAGUCCCUCCCUCUCCUCCGGACUGAAACAUCUCAACAAUCUUUACUGAAUUUUCUUCACAAUUUUUACAAAUGCCAACAUGGAUGUUAGAUUUUUGCUUUGAGGUGACACUGUGCCUUCUUACUGCCUGUUAAGCGUAUAUAAAUCCAUCAUGUCCAGAAUCCUUCGCCCCACUAGCUUAUGGGGUCCCUCAGGGCUACAUUUCAGGUCCUGUUUUGUUUUCUCCUUUCAUUUACCUCCUCAGGUUUCUGUUUUUGGAGGACAUAGUUUCUCUUUCAGUUGCUUUGUAGAUGAUUUGCUGUUUUUUCUGUCAAGAGAUAAGUAACGCCAACGCCAUGAAAGCCUUAUUGGGUGGUCUGAGAGACUUUAGAUCAUGGACGCAGACGAAAACAGAAAUUACUUAAAAACCAGGUCUGCUAGAUGGCAUUAAAUGUUUUCUUCGUCCUGUAAAGAAAGUUGGUGUUGUUUUUGAUCAUAUUUUUGAAUAUUACCAACAGGUAAGCUCAGUUGUGAAGAUGAGCGUCUGGAAGGUAAAGGUUUAUUUUCCUCCAAACAGAUCUGAGAAAGUCAUACGUAUGUUUGUUAAAUGUUUUUCAAUUGAAAAGAGGCAAUGAGCUCACAUCACUCCUCUGUUUACUCACUUCUCACCAUAUUUCCUCUUUUUUAAGCUGACCAAUUACGGGCAGAAAUACCCCAAAACAUAACUUUUAAUAACUUGGGAAUAUGACAAAAUAACAACAUGAUCGUUCUGUUACCAGCUCUGAGCUCAAUUGUUUUUACCUGAGUGUGUUAAGAUGCUACAUAAAUGACAGUGCCUGUAACUCGAUCCUUCUUGAAGUAAGUGCUUCAUAUCAGACGAGCUUCCUCUUGUGCAUUAAAAAUCUCUGUCACAAUUGUUGCACUUAGCUGUGUCAUUAUCAUUAUUUAGCAAAGGUUAAACAAACUUGCAGCUUUUGUGGUAUUAAAAGUUCUCCCUUAGGUUUAUCAUGAAAGAGAAGGAGCUAAAGUCCAGUAUUUGGUCCUGAAGCCUGUUAUGUUAGAGGUGGCGGGCUUUGAGUUUGAUACUGCACAAAGUAUUUUGUAUUUGCUGUCAGGAAGCUGCUGUGAAAAGAAGUAGGGGUCAAACUGAAACCAAACUCUUGGUGUAAUGUGUUGCAUUAAAAAACUGUUCUGUGUGUCUGUCUGUGUGGACAUACACCAUCACACAUCCUGUGCACCUUCACACAUCACUCACGCACAAGCCACAAUAGUUUUUUUUCUCAUUGGUCUUUGUUAUGCAUCGACUUUAUCACGAGAAGGACGUCUGUUUCGGACAGUCUUUUGCUUUUGUUUUUGCAUAAUCGAAACAAGAAUUUCUGAUUUCUGUGCAGAUGAAAAAAGAAAAAAAAAGACAAAUUAAAAAGAAACAAAAAGAAAAUUUUAGCUGUGGGUUUUGAGAUUAUAUGGGUGGUUUCCACACACAGACACAUAACAGCUGAAAACAACAAAAUCACAAAAAUACAGCCAUUCAAAGUCAAAUAUUAAUCACUGUCCAAAUUUCAUGAUAGAAAGCAGUGGAAAACUAAUAAUAAAGUUUUCAUCCAUUCAGAUAAGCAGGCAGUCCUCAGUGAGUUUAACUCAUUGUGUUUUAUUUGGAUAGAAACCACCAUGUAGCUGCCGUCAGACACUUUUGGUCGACUUAAAAUCCUGUGUUGUUUAAAUAAAUAGAUAAAUAUUAUUUGAUCACAUGGGCAUUGGAUGAGAACUGAUGUGAUGAUAAGGGGGGGUCUGGUUGUUUUUUGUUGGGACACAUCCAGGGUUUGCCCCCCACUGAUUAGAGCACCUGCAGUUGCUCAUGAUACAUUGAUUGAAGACGUCACGCCAGGUAUGUGUGGAGCGUGUUUAUUGGGAUAAAUUGUUAUUAGCACGACUUCAUGUGGCCGAUUCCUGUUCUGUUUAUGUCAUUUUGAGUUAUGUAGUAAGGGUUUUCUUCGACAUGUUAUGUUUUGUGAGAUUCAUUUGUUGCUGAAGAGUGUUAUUUUUGUAUUGGAGUUUUACCAAACUCAGAUUAUGUUUUUUUUUUUAUAUUGUUUUAGUUCUCAUGACAUGCUCAAAAACCAAAGAGCUGAAAUAGACGCCUGUAGUCAAAGCAAAUUGGUUGAUAUUUAACAUUUUUCACAGACUUUCAGAUUAACACCACCAGCCACUGGCUAAUUUGUAAAUAAAAGAUGUUAAAUGGUUAAUAAA